UUCAUUUUAAAAAAGUGCGUUUAAAUUAAAAAGAAAAUGACGGAUUACCACAAAGACUCUCAAAACGUUUAUCAUAAUUUGUGUGACUGAUUCAAACAGCAAUGAGUUUUGCUGCAUUUAAUGGGAAAGCAGCGGAGCUCAACGAGCGGGUGUUUAAAUUGCUGGAGUCUGUCUGUAUGCCUAUCAAAGAAAAAGGAACAACUCUUUUUUCACAAGGUAGUGUCCCCUUCUACGACACUUCUCUUGUUAUUCACAAAGCUGAAAAAACAUGGACGGAUGAUACCACAGCUGAAAAAAUAAAGGUACAGCUAGAGCAGCGAUAUCUACAUUACGCAAUAGUUCCCCAAGUGGCCUACUACAGAAAUGAAGAAACCGUCAGUUUUGUCUCACCAUAUUUCCGAGGAGGCAGCUUGGAGAAAGCAAUACAGAAAGAAACGGACAAGAUACAGGACAAACCGACUGCAAAACCACAGACGUUAGAUCUGAAUGAAAAGUUAAGAAUACUUUACCAAAUAUGCUGCGCCAUUGAAUAUCUUCACGAGCCACCAGACUGUGACAGAAAAGCUGUAACCCACGGCGACAUCAGCUUGAAAAGGGUUAUUUUGGAUGAACAAAAGAAUUCCCGAUUGUUAUUCUUUACACCCAGUUCUGUCGAAGGAGAUGAGAAGUUUACAAAUGACAAAUCUAAAGAUGUACAAGACUUCAUAAAGGUGCUAUGCGCGGUCUUGAAAGACACUCCUGAGCGAGAAGCUGAACAACUAUUAAAGCUAAAAGCUGAAAAACUAUUAAAGUAUGCCUCAGACAAGGAUGUGACACUGAAAAAGAUCUCAGACAAACUGGAGGGUCUUGUCAGAAGAAAUGACAUCAAAAGGUGGACGCCAUCCCCGGACGCUAAAAAGAAAUGUGAGAUUUGCUGCGUUAAUGAACCCGACAAAAUACAGAUGUGCGUUGGCUGUAUGAGGAACUGGCAAUACAAUCCUGUCAAGUGCCAUAGCUGUAAUCAAGCAAAAAUACAGUCCCCAGUCGGUAAGCCAUAA